GUGUGUGUAACAGACAGCAAGACCGUCAAAACCAGCGAAGCAGGAAGCAGCUAUUCAAGAAACAAGAAUAGCAAACACACAGAGAGAUAUACUCUACCGUAUAAUAAUACAACAUGAGCUGUAGACUGGGCUUCAACAUGGAGCUAGGGUUGCGUUUUCAAAAAGAGGAGAACAGUCUCAAAUUCCGAUCCCAAGGGCAGCCGUGAGCAUAACCUGGAGCGAUUAUUAUUAUUAUUAUUAUUAUUAUUAUUAGCGAAUGGAUGGGUCUAUAUCGUCAGCCUGUACUGUGCAGAAUUCGUAGGGUCGACUUUUUUAUAGGGUCUUUUUUUUUUAAAAUUGUUUUUAAAAUAAACAGUUUGCAGAAUUUGUGACAAAACUGCAGCAAAGCAUCGAUGGACAGCAGCUCGGUUUUAAGCGCCAUGGACCCCUCGGUCACGCUGUGGCAGUUUCUGCUUCACCUGCUGGACGACCCCGGGCGCCAGCACCUGAUCACGUGGACGUCCUCCGAUGGGGAGUUCAAACUGCUGGACGCCGAGGAGGUGGCCCGGCUUUGGGGUCUGCAGAAGAACAAGACCAACAUGAACUACGAUAAGCUGAGCAGAGCGCUGCGCUACUACUACGAUAAGAAAAUUAUCAAAAAGGUAAGCGGGCAGAAGUUCGUCUACAAGUUCGUGACCUACCCGGACCCCGUUGCCUUGGAGACCAUGAAAGAGGAGACGAACCGACGGGAGAACCCGCUGGACAUCCUGCCCCGCAGCGCGGGGGCGGAGGGCGGGGAGGGUCACGUUCAGAGAGGCUCAGGUGGCACCAACGCGCCCAAGAGCAGCCGUAACGACUACAUGAGAUCGGGUCUCUACUCCACCUUCACCAUCCAGUCCCUGCAGUCACCCAGCAAGCCAGCCAGGGCGAUCAAAACAGAGAGCCCUCAGCCCGGCAAACACAAGACCUCUCCGCCCAGCAAGACCUCUCCCCCCAGCGCAGGGGUCCAGCAGCUACCAGAGGUGCGGAUUCACCCUGAGGGGUCCCCAUGCGGUCUGGAUUCAAGGCCCCCGGAUGAACCGCUGACCCUGCAGGUGAUCGUGACCCAGCCCUCCCCCUCGUCCACCCCCUCGCUCAGCCCUCAAGCCCAGAUGGAAAUCACCCCGAAGGAUCCCGGCCUGUCCGACCCUCUUCCGGUUUUCACCAGCAGCGUCUCCGAUCCUUCCUCCAAGCUGCGGGCUCCCGGGGAGAGUGUGGAGAUCUCACAGCAACACCAGAUCAUCGUGGUGAUCCAGCCCUCUCCCCCAGACACAGGAGAUGGGAGCCAGCCAGCCGGAGAUUGCAUCCUGGAGAUCGUGCCUCUGGACCAGCCUGAGGUCCCUUCUGAAACAGCGGCCGAGAACGCGGGACUUCCCACGUCGACAGGGGAGGUGCCUGAAAAUACACCCGGUGAGGGUGAGCCGAAAUCGGGGCAAACCGAGGAGAAGGAGAGGGGAGAACCAGGAGGUGGUUCCAGCAAGUCUCCGGCCGUUGCUGCCCCAGCCACUGGCCCCGAAGUCCAGCCGCCCAAAGCCAAGAAGCCCAAAGGCUUGGAGCUGCCCUCCUCACCCACGCUUCUACCCUGUGGACUCACUCAGGACAAGGUUAACGCAGCGGUCAACAGCCUCCUGGCAGCAGGCAGCGCUGCCAACACCCUCACCCCCACCGUCAUCACCUCCCACGCACUGACUCCGGUGUUGCUAACCCCCAGCCCCCUCCCCUCGGCUAUCCACUUCUGGAGCACGCUCAGUCCCAUCGCACCACGCAGCCCAGCCAAGCUCUCAUUCCAGUUUCCAUCCAAUGGAAGCAACCAGAUCCAGAUUCCCACCCUCAGCGUGGACGGUCUCUCCACGCCUGUGGUCCUCUCUCCAGGGCCUCAAAAACCGUGACUCACCCCCUGGGGCAGGGGCUGGUGGACUUAACCCUUCGCGCUCCAAAAGAUCCUGUCUUGGGGUCAGGAACGCAGGCGAGUGUGACAAGAGAUUUUUCGCGGAUUUCUCAUAGAAUUCGCGCGGAAAAUGCACCGACGCCAACGUCUGCUUCUGUGGCAAAAAUCAGUGGCUGAUUUCUUUUUCCCUGAUGUUCGUGGCUGCCAAAACGACCGCGGUGGUCAGUGAGAGGCGGAGCGGUUUUGGGCUUUUUGAAGAUUUUCUUUGCUUUUUCAAAGCGCGAGGGCCACUUUUUUAAAAAUAAAGUUGUGGCAGCCUAGUCUUUUAAACGGGCUGGCUAUUUUCAUUGUUUUUUCAGAAAGGAGGAAUGUUUUUUGGAAGAAAGUUUUCUGGUUUAAAUUUCUGGUGAUCUGCUGGUUAAAUUUUGACAGCACACCCAGAUGGUUAACAUGGAUGUAUUUUUUGAUGGAUGUUUCUUAAAGUUGUUUUUUUGUUAAUGGAAAAAAUCCUGAAAUUCUGUGAUUUUUCCCUAGAAAAUGAGAAUCCGCAUUUGUUUUGCAUUUUAAAGCAAGGUGUGGAAUCCAAAUUUUGUCUUUUCCCUUGUGUUUCUUGAACGCCAAGGAAUACAGCAAGUUUGGGAAUAUGUUUACACAUGGGGGGAAAAAAAACAAAAACACAUUUUAAAGUCUUCUGUUUCCAGCAGAAAUUGUCUCAUUCGAAUUUCCUUGAAUGACGGUUAAACUGACAUCAGAUUUCCAAAAUAUCUUUGGGAAUGGGGGUUCUAAACUCUGAAAUUCCGGAAUGGGAUUCCGUGGAAUUUUAAAACCCCAAAAAUUCCGUAGAUUCCUGACCAAAGCCACUUUUUUUUUUUUUUUUUUUUGGACGAAAUCCUACAGAUUAUAUUUUAUAUAAAAAAAAAAAAAAAACAUUUUUAAAAAUAAAAUAAAAAAUUUAGUCUGGGCAUUUCAGGAAAGGGCUACAACUAUAUUGUAUGUGUGUUACCAAAUACCAAUUCACUGCAGCCACUAAGACCAUGUAAAUGAAACUAUGCUAGCUGAAUGGUUUCGUUGUGGCAGGACUCACAGAAGCAUGAUUGUUUUUCAAGAGGGAUAUUUGAACAGGUGUUUGUGGUAGAUUUGUUAAGAAAAGUUUAUGGGUUCAAAUCAAAACCGCAUGGGGGGGAAGACGAGGGUCGAUUUCCGUCUACAAACCUGCUAGUCUCUGCUAGUCCUGCGAUUUUGUAAAUCUAUUAGGUAACAAUUCCCUACAAGAACUUUCCUGCAGUUUAUUUCCACUGUUCAAAGUCGUUUAACAGGGUUGUUUAUUGUUACCUGGAAGGCGAGAGGUUUUAUAUUCAUAUCGAUGGCCCACACGCGCGAUUAAGCAGCAGAAGUUUUUAAAUAUUGUUGGAGUUUCUGAUAUGCCUCGCACGGUUUGCACACGUUGCAGGUGAGCAAACACAAAGCAAAAUGAUUUUGCUGUCAUUGAAACAAAACAUGGGCUUGCCUUUUAUAAGCUUCUAGCAUUUCCACGGCUCUCUCUAAUCAUUGUGUGAUGGAAGGAAUGUUUCCUUGUCUAAAGGAAGUGAGUGUGGGCUUAUACUGAAAGAGAAAGGGAGGCUCUUAUACUCUCUGCACAGCCUCCCUCUGCUCUGUGCUGGUGGAGCAGACAAAGAGAACGGGAGGCUCUUCUACUCUCCGAACAGCCUCCCUCUGCUCUGUGCUGGUGGAGCAGAGAAAGAGAAAAGGAGGCUGUUAUACUCUCUGA